GGCUACCUCGAGCCCUUCGACCCAACCAAUCCAGAGGGAUGGGAGUCCUACGCGGAGCGGGUCGAGUUCUACCUCCGGGCCAACAAGAUCACCGACGCCGGAGCGAAGAGGGACGUUCUCAUGAGCGUCUGCGGGCCUGCCACGUUCGAGAUCGCCAAGGGUCUCUCGGCACCCGCCCGUCUGGCAGAGAAAUCCUACGACGAGAUCAUCCGACUCCUCACGGGACACUUCUCACCACAGCCUUCGCGGGUGGCUCGCAGGUUCCUGUUCCACAAACGGGACCAGAUCGCGGGCGAGUCCGCCGCAGACUACCUGGCGGCCCUCCGUAAAAAAGUGGCGGUCCUUAUAGAGGGGAACCCCUGCCAAAUGGAGGUGGACUCAGGGUCCUCCAUUUCCCUUAUUGCGGAAGAAACCCUAAGAGAACUGUGUCCCCGCCAGCGGCUGCAACUUCGGCCGGCAGACUUCAUACUCCGGGACUUCCAGAAGAACCCGGUGCAAAUUGCGGGGUGGGCGCGGGUACAAGUCGAGCGGGGGUCCUUCCACGGCCCGCUGGACAUCCUGGUGGUUAAGCGCCAGCUGGCCACCCUGCUAGGUCUGGCCUGGUUCAAACCCUUGGGAAUCCGCGUGGAGGGGGUGGGCCAGACCAUAACGCCCCGGGGGUUCGGGGAGAUUUGCAAGGAAUUCCCCGAGGUAUUCGAUGGGUCCCUAGGGAGCUACCGGGGGCCGCCCAUCUCCCUGCCCCUAGACCCCACGGUCAGACCGAUUCGGCUCAAGGCCAGGAGGGUUCCGUUCGCCUUGAAACCUAAGAUCGAGGCAGAGUUAGACCGCCUCACGGCACAAGGCGUCCUGGAGCCGGUGGACUACGCCACCUGGGAAACCCCCAUCGUUACCCCCAUCAAGCCAAACGGGGAGGUGCGGAUCUGUGCCGAUUAUAAAUGCACCAUAAACAAGGCACUACAGGACAACCCCUAUCCAGUGCCGGUGGUGAGCCAUGUCCUGGCCGCCCUAGCGGGGGCUAGGAUAUUUGGGAAGCUAGACCUGGCCCAGGCCUACCAGCAGCUCCCAGUAGACAAUAAGACGGCGGAGGCCCAAACGAUCGUGACCCACAGGGGGGCUUUCCGGGUAAAGAGGCUUCAGUUUGGGGUUAGCGUCGCUCCGGGGAUUUUCCAGAGCCUAAUGGACGCUCUCCUUAAAGGGAUCCCAGGAGUCCAGCCGUUUUUCGACGACGUUUUAGUCGCCGCCCCGGACCCCGAUGAAUUCGGCAACCGCCUUCGAGAGGUGCUCCGCCGGUUCCAGGCAGCGGGGCUCAAGGUCAAGAGAGAGAAAUGCUUGCUGGGGGUUCCACGGGUAGAGUUUCUGGGGUUCGCCGUUGACGCAGCAGGAAUCCACCCCACGGAAGAAAAGACCCGAGCCAUCGUGCAAGCCCCGGCUCCCACUUGUAAAGCCGCGGCGUUUCAGGCGGUCAAGGACGUCCUGGUGUCCAAUGCGGUGCUCCACCAUUUUGACGAGGCCCUCCCCGUCAUCCUGGCCUGCGAUGCGUCGCCGUAUGGGGUGGGAGCAGUCCUGGGGCACCAGCUUCCGGACGGGAGGGAGGUACCGGUCGCAUAUUACUCCCGCACGCUCACUUCAGCCGAGCGCAACUACGCGCAGAUAGAUAAAGAGGCCCUGGCAAUCGUGGCAGGGGUCCGAAAGUUCCACGAGUAUCUAUAUGGAAGAAGGUUCACCAUUGCCACGGACCACAAGCCCCUCUUAGGUCUACUGGCCCCAGACCGACAAACCCCCCAAAUACUCUCACAGCGCGUGUUGAGGUGGAACCAAUUCCUCAACUCAUACACGUACACACUGGUUCAUAGGGCCGGCAAGGCUAUGGGACACGCGGAUGCGAGGGGGUGGCCAGAGGGAAACAUGGGGGAAGAAUUCAAGCCUUACAAGGCGAGGAGGGAGGAAUUAGCCGCACACAAGGGCUGCAUACUUUGGGGCAGUAGGGUAGUGAUUCCACCUCCGCUCCAAAAGCGUGUUCUAGAAUCCCUACACGAGACUCAUCCCGGCAUAGUGCGAAUGAAGGCUCUGGCCAGGAGCUACGUCUGGUGGCCGGGAAUGGACGGGGAGAUCGAGGGCUGGGUCCGCGGGUGCCAGACCUGCCAGGAAUCCCGGCCCGAGCCGCCCAGCGCCCCCGUCACUAGGUGGGAGUCCACCCGGAAACCAUGGUCGAGACUCCAUAUCGACUUUGCGGGCCCAUUCCAGGGGCAGACCUUCAUCAUAAUAGUGGACUCCUACACCAAAUGGCUGGAGGUCAUCCCCGUAGGGUCCACCUCAUCCACAGCCGCGAUCAGAGCUCUGCGCAGGGUCCUAUGCACACAUGGCAUCCCGGACACCAUAGUCUCUGAUAACGGGGCCGCCUUCACCUCAGCCGACUUCCAGGCGUUCCUGCAAAGAUACCUGAUCAGGCACAUAAGGUCGGCUCCCUUCCAUCCGGCCACCAACGGCCAGGCGGAG